ACACAUAGCGGUACUCUUUCUUUUCACUUAUUGGCAUUUGCAUAUUAUUUAUGAAAGAAAUGCAUCGAUAACAUGGACAUGAACUGAACCAAAAGCAUGACUUGAAUAAAAGCCCCUUAACCUUAAGCAUAAGCUCAACACAGUAACUCUCCUCUGGCGGCUCUCAGAAUUUCCAAUCCCCAACCCCCAAACCCUAGUUCCAUUUGGUUCUCUUCUCAAAUAAUUACACCCCCACGUAGUUCAUAUCUAUUAUUAUUUUUCAUGUAUUUUAUUUAUUUUAUUGAGAAUAAUUAAGAGAAACCUCGAUUGUGGCUUGGUGGAGAAAGGGAAAGAGAAGGCAAUGGAGGAUUCUUUAGGGCAAAAGUGGAAGCACCGAGAGUUCACUUUGGCAUCAGUUUCUGACCUCUCUUCGCCUUCUUCUGCUUCGCCGGGGAUCGCUCGCUUUGGUUCCGACGGUCUCCAAAUUCAUCAGCAAUCUCAACAGACCUCCCUCAAUGUCCAUCUUCGAACUGCACAGUUAUUUAAGUUGGGUCCUGUUCAAUCAGUUUGCAUGGUGGAAGGUUCUGACGUUGGUAAAAAGACACCGUAUUCCAGGGGAAUCACUAUCCAGUUUAGAAAUGAGGAGGAGAGUGCAGCCUUCCAUUGUGUAGUUCAACAAUGGAAGAAGGAAAUCAAUGCUCAAGGAGGGAAUUUAUCAAAUGGAACUAUUACAACUUCUAAAGGCAAAUUUGAUGAAAAGAUAGAAUCAUCUUCUGCAAAAAUGUAUUUUCAUUAUUAUGGACAACUUUUGCAUCAGCAAAAUAUGUUGCAGGAUUAUGUGCGGACAGGAACCUAUUAUGCUGCUGUAAUUGAGAACCGUACUGAUUUCUUGGGUCGUGUAGUAGUUGACGUGGGUGCUGGUAGUGGUAUUUUGUCAUUAUUUGCUGCUCAGGCUGGUGCAAAACAUGUUUAUGCUGUGGAAGCAUCUGAAAUGGCAGAAUAUGCACAGAAACUUAUAGCUGGAAACCCAACAUUGGCUCAACGAAUUACAGUAAUUAAAGGCAAAGUUGAGGAUGUUGAAUUGCCAGAGAAAGCAGAUAUUCUGAUCUCUGAGCCCAUGGGCACCUUGUUAGUCAAUGAAAGAAUGCUGGAGUCAUAUGUCAUUGCCAGAGAUAGAUUUCUCACUCCUACUGGGAAAAUGUUUCCAGCAGUGGGAAGGAUUCACAUGGCACCUUUCACUGAUGAAUAUUUGUUUAUUGAAAUUGCUAAUAAGGCCCUGUUUUGGCAGCAGCAAAACUAUUAUGGUGUUGAUUUGACACCCCUACAUGGGACUGCAUUUCAAGGAUACUUUUCUCAGCCUGUGGUGGAUGCUUUUGAUCCAAGAUUGUUAAUAGCUCCUCCAAUGUUCCACGUGAUAGACUUUACCAAAAUAAAGGAAGAAGAACUGUAUGAAAUUGAUAUUCCUCUGAGAUUCAUAGCCUCUGUGGGUGCUAGAGUGCAUGGGUUGGCAUGUUGGUUUGAUGUGCUGUUCAAUGGAGGUACUGUGCAAAGGUGGCUUACCACUGCUCCUGGUUCACCGACAACCCAUUGGUAUCAGUUACGCUGUGUUCUGUCUCAGCCAAUUUAUGUGAUGGCAGGACAAGAAAUUACUGGCAAAUUUCACUUGAUUGCCCACAAUGCCCAGAGUUAUACAAUAUAUUUAACACUGUCAGCUAAAAUGUGGGGUCCUGGUGCUGAACAAGGAGGGAUUCUGCAAACAUCAUCCUGUAAACUUGAUCUGAAAGAACCCUACUAUAGAAUGUCUCAACCGCAAGCUUAUGCAUUAGCUCAAGAUCAGCAAACCCAACCACUUAUACAAACACAGGGGGAGAACAAAGGAUGAAUGAGUAAAUCUUAACCAGUAUUUUCGGUCUUUGACUGAAGUAUUCCCACAGGCAAUAUUAUGAGACUAAUCUCUCGGGCAUUUGUGACUGUAGACUGACCAAGAAACUCGCCUAACAAUUAUUUUCUCUAGUAUUUAGUCUUCAACUUAGAGAGAAUUAACCAAAGUAAGAAAUAAAUUUUCCAUUUUCAAAAACUUAUUAAUGAUUAACUAGCACUGACUGGAUUAAUCUUAAGUCAUAACACCUUACAUUAAUUAGUUUUUUCUUUAACUUGAAAUUUAUUUGCCAGAACAUGCAAAAUUGGAAUUUGAACAUUAAUAAAAUACAUGAAACAGAAUCUUGGCUAUGCUCAUGUUGGCUCUCCUUGGACAGCUACUCUGUUGGAUAAAUGACAUUAAUGAUUUAACAAUAAUCCAAUCACACGGGUUUGAUUGUUUAUAAUAAUUUUUUUACUGUUUUAGUGUGGGCAGUGACAAUCACUUUCUUUGAUAGGAUAUACAUAUUCAACCUCAGGAUUUGGAUGAACCAGAAAUAAUGCAACAGCCUUCGCCUAAUUCAUGUGCCCAGAUUGAUUCACUGAUGCAGAAUGCCUAACUUGAUAAAUCCUAACCUGGGUUUCCGUUUGUAACAUGAAUUUGCCAUGCUGCAGCUAGUGUGGGGGCAGUUUGUCUGUAUUUGGACAUUCCCCUUGCCUGUAAAUUCAUCAACAUUCUGUUCUAUCUAUCGUGGAUGGUUGUGCUGCAGGACACUCGAUUGCUUUAUUUAACCAACAAUAUAUAGAAUCAUUAUGCUUGGCAAACCUAGGAAUUUAUUUAGAUGAUCUCGAAUUUGUCUUUGUAAGGUUAUCAACAAUGCCAAUAUAUUCUAGUAAAACGAUGCAAACACACUGUUGUCAUGCUUGUACGAGUGAUCGGAAAUAGUACUUUUACCAGGU